AUGGUUCACCAGGACCCAAGCUGGGCCCCCACAGCAUGGUUCACCAGGUCCCAAGCAGGGGCCCCCACAGCAUGGUUCACCAGGUCACAAGCAGGGCCCCCCACAGCAUGGUUCACCAGGUCCCAAGCUGGGCCCCCCACAGCAUGGUUCACCAGGUCCCAAGCAGGGCCCCCACAGCAUGGUUCACCAGGUCCCAAGCAGGGCCCCCCACAGCAUGGUUCACCAGGUCCCAAGCUGGGCCCCCCACAGCAUGGUUCACCAGGUCCCAAGCUGGGCCCCCACAGCAUGGUUCACCAGGUCCCAAGCUGGGCCCCCCACAGCAUGGUUCACCAGGUCCCAAGCAGGGCCCCCACAGCAUGGUUCACCAGGUCCCAAGCUGGGCCCCCCACAGCAUGGUUCACCAGGUCCCAAGCUGGGCCCCCACAGCAUGGUUCACCAGGUCCCAAGCUGGGCCCCCACAGCAUGGUUCACCAGGUCCCAAGCAGGGCCCCACAGCAUGAUUCACCAGGUCCCAAGCAGGGCCCCACAGCAUGA